AUGUGCAAAAAAGAGAGAGGAAGAGUAGUUUCCGAUUAUUGUUUGUCAUCUAUCGGAGUACCAGAUGCUGAAGUUUGUACUGCAUCAACGAAGGCUUGGCUGCCAGAUGUGCAAGAUUGCGAUGAUGUAAGCGACAAAUGUACAUUGAAAUUGAAGCCUGAUGUUGAAACACAACUGGAAAAGUUGUCCGUAUGGUUUGCUUGGAAUGCAGCUAGUGGUAUACGAUUUAUUAAAAUCCUCUUCACCGAUGGUACUUAUGAUACGUUUGAACAGAUUUAUGCACAUUGCGAUCAACCGCUAACUUUGCGACUCACUUCGCAGAAACGUGUCAAAGAGGUCCAAAUUAGGACGAAUAAUCCAUUUGUAAGUAUUGAUGCGAUACAAUUCGUCUCAUUUCCUUUAAAUUCUUUAUGUUCACACUGUUUGCCAUAUCGCUAUCGUAUCUACCGUACACCACCAUUUCCGGAAGGUUUCAGGUCAACGACAAACUAUAACAUAAUUGAUAGUACAGUUAGAGAAGGCAUCACUUACACCUAUUCAGUAGCUGUUGAAAGUGGAGGAAUUGAAGGAUUGCAUUCACCAAGUACCACUUAUUUCUACAACAUGAAUGUGUGUGGUGAUGGCAAACGAAGUAGCGAUGAGGAAUGUGAUGACGGGAAUUUAAAUGAUGGCGAUGGUUGUUCGCAGGAUUGUCUCGUUGAGGAAAAAUUUCAUUGUGUUGAAGAAAACAAAUUAUCUCCAAGUAUUUGUUAUAUUUACGAGGGAGACGGUGAAUGUGAACCAUUUGAACGAGGUGGUUACAGUAGUGAUUGCAAAAGUAUCAGUGCAUCAACACUUCAUUCACAAUAUUAUCCAACAUUCGUUUAUGCCUAUUCGAAGAUAUUACAAAAGAAUUGUUCAUUGCAAAUGCUUUCCUCUGCUAUCCUGACUACAGGCUGUAAUAUCCGACCAUCUGAUUGGGGUACGUGUUCUCAACUUGCAGAAGCAGGUGAAAUUUCACUGCAUGCCUCAUUUCCAAGUGAAAUCUUCCCAACCAGCAUCCUGAUAGGUUUCGAGACAGUUCUGUCAACUGGAUCAAAACCAGUUUUGUCUAUUAUUGGAAUUAAUUUACAAUAUGUUAACAAGACAACGAUAAGCCUGGAAGAACAAGGAAUUCUGUCAUGUGCGCAGAAUCCUUUGGAAGUUGCAAUACCGUAUACACUUGUUGGUCGAUUGUCAAAUGUGAAAACCGUUCAUCUUCAUGUGUCAAAUCCAUCUCAAAUCGUUAUCACUGCAAUCACUCUGCGAUCAUUCAAGUUGUUUGACUUGUUGACUCUUCAAACUUGUGCAGCUGAAAACAAGUACUUCGAUCCGGUAGGUGGUUUCUGCGUGGCAAAAGAUUGCCGAUCGUUGAGUACUAAUUCAUGUAUACCAUUAAAUAUCCCAAGGUCACGGCACGAAUGUCACAGUACAGCAUGUACGUAUACAUGCGAAACCGGAUUUAUGUUUGAAAAUUCGCAAAAAACCGCAAUAGUCCAAUGCUUGAACGGUCACUGGGUCGGAAUUGUGAAUUUAGCCUGCCAACCGACUCACUGUGCCAUUCCGAAAAUUGAGCAUGCUGACGUUGAUUGUCCAAACGGGACACGUUAUCGUGAUCGCUGUAUAUUUCGGUGUAGAAAUAAUGCAAUAAUGAUUGGACAAAUAAAUUAUAUCACUUGCGAAGAAAAUGGUUUAUGGAAAGUGCCAGAAGCAUUUUGUCAGGUUGUUUGUCCACAUGAAGGAUUAUUGACGCGUAAUAUUUCCUAUGAUUCAAUCAACUGCAAAGUGAAACGUAUUUAUGACACGCAGACUUCUUAUCCAGUAUCCACUGUAUGCAAAUUAAAUUGUCGUCGACAUUAUCGUGCAUCACAUAUGCAAUCACUGCAUACUAAGAUUCGUUUGAUUUGUUCGGAUGACGGUGUUUGGAUUGGUCCAACCUGCAUAUCAAUUACAUGUCCUUCACCAAAGAUCGUAUAUAUCGGAUCGUAUAACUGUACAAACGGUUUCGAGAUUGGUUCCAGUUGUCGGAUUCAGUGUCCUGGAACAACUCAGGUUUUUUCUUAUUUGCGAGGUCUUUGUCGCGAAUUCCGAUUCGCGAGACUCUAA